AUGGCAGUCCAAAUGUCAUCAGACGAAGAACGUCUCCUGGCGAGAAAACCUCUACCGACUCCACAACCGGCAUAUCUACCCACGGCUGGCUCACCCUUGACGGUAGAUCAAGAAUUGUACACUUCUAUUCAAAAAGGGCAGAGGGAAUUGGUCGAGUCAUUCACGUUGCCCAUUCGAUCGGGACGUGCGUGGAAAGCACCAGCCAAAAGUAUAGUCAGAAUCAGUACUCCCGAAGGACCACAAGUUGGUGAUUUAAACAUCUGGAACGCGGCAAACCCUCGCGAAAGAUUCUGGGCAUCUCGAACGAAACAAUUGCAUUCUUCUCACGUCACGACGUACGAUCGAUUGUGGUCAUGUCUGCCAUAUAUGCGUCCUCUGUCUACAAUCAUCGCCGACUCGUUGUCCUGGUACGGCAGGGAUGAGACCGGUGGUCGAGUCCACGACUUACUGGGGACACGUUGCGACCCUUACAUCAACACCCUGCUAUCUGGACCGGAUGCCUCGUACGACUUCCACUGCCAUUCCAACCUGACGAGGGCCGUGAUACCUUUCGGUCUCAAUGAGUCAGAUGUCCACGACGUCAUCAAUCUGUUCCAGGUGACCGGGUUGGACGACAAGGGACGGUAUUUUAUGAACCCCUGUCCAGCUCAGCCAGGCGACUAUAUAGAGUUCUUCGCCGAGCAGGAUCUGUUGAUGGCCUUGUCCACGUGUCCCGGCGGGGAUUUGUCCCUGUGGGGUUUUGGUAGCGACAGCGAGAAAGACAUGAUCAAGUGCUGUCGACCUCUCAAAGUCGAAGUUUUCAAAUUGGUCGACGAGAACGCUAUCUUGGCUGGAAAAUGGGCUCCUGCGCAACGUCCCGACUAUCGUGGGGUCCACGGCAUGAUUGUGCCUGCAGGAGAGAGUAAAUGA